ACACGGGACAAGUCAAACUUCGUCCCCAACGAGCGAGACCCUUCCUGUUGGAGUGCGGGGACAGUUUUCUUCAGACGCCAAAAGAAUAAAAGGAUUAAUUGUUUUCACUUCAUGGAAAGGUAUUGAAAUAUUUUGGACAAGCUCUACAGAGACAGGUUGUCUGAGCUACCACAGUCCCCAUCAGCACAAUGACUUGGGGGGCACUCUACGCCCAGCUGGGCGGCGUCAACAAACACUCCACCAGUCUCGGAAAGAUUUGGCUUUCUGUCCUUUUCAUCUUCCGCAUCACUAUACUGGUUCUGGCUGCUGAGAGCGUCUGGGGGGACGAGCAGUCAGACUUCACGUGCAACACACAGCAGCCAGGCUGUAAAAAUGUCUGCUAUGAUCACUUCUUUCCUGUGUCGCACAUCCGCUUGUGGUGCCUGCAGUUGAUAUUUGUAUCCACACCAGCCCUGCUGGUGGCCAUGCACGUCGCCUACAGGAAACGUGGGGAUAAGAGGACCAUGCUGGCCUCCAACGGCACAGAGAAGAUGACAGAUACUGACCUGGAGACACUGAAGAGGAGGCGUCUGCCAAUCACAGGCCCACUGUGGUGGACCUACACCUGCAGCUUGUUCUUCAGGCUCAUCUUUGAGGGGGGGUUCAUGUACGCGCUGUACUUUGUCUACGACGGCUUCCAGAUGCCCCGGCUUGUGAAGUGCGAGCAGUGGCCUUGCCCCAACAAGGUGGACUGCUUCAUCUCCAGGCCAACAGAGAAGACCGUCUUCACCAUCUUCAUGGUGUCCUCAUCGGCCAUCUGCAUGGUGCUGAACGUGGCUGAGCUAUGCUACCUCAUCGUCAAGGCGCUCUUGAGGUGCUCGACUGGGUCAAAGCAGAGGAGACACAAUUACACCCACACAGACAGCGUGACACGGGACAAUGCCCUUCUGCAAAACAAGAAGAACGAGAUGCUGCUGUCUUCCUCCACAGAUUCGACCAGCAACAAGACCAUGUGUUAAAGAACGGCCAUCAGUGGUGGAUGGGUACCAGAGGAGGAGGAAAACAUAAACUGAAAAUGCUACCACCCAUAAUGGUCAUAGUUUGUGUCUACAAUUGAGCAUCUACCAGAAUUGUCUCAUGCGAAGGUGAAACAGCUUCUGAAGUAAAUUUUGAGACUGUGGGAACUUAAAACUAUCACAACAGAGCUUAGUUUAACUAGACAGCAGCAUAUGUAGUUAAGGCCUAAUGUCUACAUUCAUUUGUAGGGAAAUCACUGUAUGACAUGCAUUUGUUCUGCAUAUAUUCCUACAUAUGGCCUUAAAUUUGCCACUAAAAGCAGUCAGAUGUUCUCUGAAGCAAAAGAAAAUUAGUAUGUUUAUAGUAAAUUAGUAUAAUUUAAAGUGUUACUUGUUUGUUCUCAGAACAAAUAGCCGCCAGGUAGCAGUAAAUGCUUAUCAACAGUUAUUAACAAAAUAGUAUCAAUGCAUCUGUGGAUCUUCCACAUUAUCACAAGUGUCUCCUUACUUUUCAUACAGUGGACAGUUGAUUGUGUUUGAUAGAGGUGUUCACUGAUUGUUCACAGUUUGAAGUUGCAUUGCACGUGUGAUCGUUCAGGUUCUGAACGAGAGAAGAAUGAGUCUACGCUGACAUCUAGUGGUUCACAGUGGAACCUCUAAGAGCACCUGAAUGAUUUACUUAUUGUUAAAGAAGAGGAAGGAAAACAAAUGAAGUCAUGAAAAGUGAAGCAGAAAAAAGGUCCAAUUGUGUGAUUAGCAUGUAGUUUACAUGAGGUGACAUGUGAUUGACAUAUUACAGUAACUGAUAAAGCAGAAGAGUUUGUUUGAUCCUGCUGUAUUGAAUCAAGCGACUGUAGCAUAAAGUUUAAAGAUUUCUGACUUUCUAUGAAUGAUGCUAGAUAUUUUCAUUUGUGUGUUAUUAAUUACUGAGAAGUGUGUUGCACAGAAGAUUAUGCUGAUAAAGAAUUUAUAAAACAUGGUGAAACCUUGCCUACACAACCACAGUGGUUUAGUAGAUUUGAUGCUCCUUGCUGUUUAAUCAGAUCAGAAUGUCUUUUGUCUUUUACUUGAACUGAAACUUUUUAAAUUUAAGUGAUUUUUUUACAUGAGCUGAAUAACCUAAACACGCUGAGAAUGUGUUGGAUAUUUUCACACAUUCAUGCCUGGUGAUAAAAAUAUGAAAUAUGUAUUAUAUCCUUGGACUUCUGCAUUUUGUAACAUUCGCUUUUGCCUCCUGAUGAUGCUAAUUAUUGGACAGACAACUUAAAAAACUGCCAUGGGAUUGCUCCUGAAGGUUCUUUAUUAUUAUUAUUAUUAAACCUGAUAUUCAAGUGUUUAAGAUUGAGAAUCAUAUGAGCUUUUUUGCAUCCAGAAGUUGUCCUGUUCAGCCCAGACCUGCUCCUGUGUUAUUUGGACUUGUGUUGUUGUUGCAGUGUGUACUGACCCCAGCUGGCUGUAUCAGCUUUCAGCAUGUGUGCCUUAUUUUAGCCACCACGCUAAUCGCCCUCUUCAUGUGAGGAACUACGGCCGAUGUCAAAGUGAAAAUGUCUUUGUCCUCCCUCCAUCCAGGAAUAGCUGAGUUGGAUUAGUCUCAUCUGUGUUUGAAAAAAAAAAAGAGUACAGAGUACAGUGAUUGGUGAUUAGGAAAGAUUGGAGAGGGGUGUGUGAGACGAGUUGGACAAUCAUUUAGAUUUGUCAGUUCCGAAAUUAGAGAAAGAAAAUCUGGAUAAAUUGUAUAUUCACAUUACAUAACUGGUUCAGCCUGUUGGGAGUUACAGCUCGAAGUGUAAUGUUGACAUUAUGUUUUCAGUGGGUGAGAAAGGUUUUAACCAAAUAUCCAUAAAAUGGCAUGUAAUGCAUUGUCACAGACAAAGCACUCUGCAGAUUUAGAAAAAAUAUUUGUGAUUUUAAAGUUUUUUUGUGUCUUUUUUUCUUUGUGCAUUGACCUUUGACCUCUUGCUUUCUGUAACAGCCAAACAACAUUUUGAUGCUACACCUGUGAUAGCAGUGGUGUGUGAUGGACAUUGUUUUUAAGGGACGAGCCUGAUCAUUCCAGUCCCCAAGAUGUUGUUGUUUUUAACACGUUCCUAUUCAGAUUUCUUCCACAUUCUAGGGUUAGUAGUCUGCUUUUAACAGCAAACAACAUACUAAUGAACAGAUGGCUUUCUAAGGAAGAAAUUAAGAGAUUUAAUGUUUUGUACCUACAAAGUUUUUAUUACACUCGCACUUUGAUCCUUGAAGUCUUUUUGCUCUUUGAGACCUUUUUUCAUAAAUCAGU